AUGGCAGGCACCACAAUGGUUGCACCAAAGGCAUUGUUGCACACGCUCUCAGCUGCACCACCAUCUACCUGCCGAGCUGAACGGAUCGAUUUCGAGAAAGCAGGACUUCCAGAAUAUCGAGACAAAUUUGCUGUAUUGAUCCACGACCUCUUUUCAGCCGAGGAGUGUAAGAGACUUCUCGAAGCAGCCGAAGAGUCUCAAAGCAACCAAUGGGAGGAAGCCAUGGUCAAUAUCGGUAAUGGACGACAGAGACUGAUGACCGAUAUUCGAUCCUGCGGGCGUAUUAUAUGGGAUAACUCGGAGGUUGUUGAACAGCUUCUUGCACGCCUGAAGCCUCAUCUUCCCGGAAAUGUAUGUCAUCUUGAGAAUUGUCCUGGAAUAACCGGUCUCGGACCAGCUAAACGUAAUGAGACCUGGAUUCUCGAACGAUUGAAUGAGAGGUUACGCUUUCUUAGAUACACAUCAGGUAUGUAUUUCCGCAAGCAUCAGGACGGUAGCUAUGUCACACCAGAUGGCAAAGAAAUUUCCUUUUUGACUGUCCAUCUCUACUUGAAUGGCCAGGAAGAUCGGAUUACCGAAGGUGUUCAUCAGUCCACUCAACCUCUUCGCGGAGGUGCAACACGAUUCUUCGGGUUCAAGAACAACCAUUAUGACGUGAUUCCAGCUAGAGGCGCAGUCCUGGUUUUCCAGCAUCGAGGUCUUUACCAUAGUGGGGAGGAAGUUGAGAAAGGCACCAAAUAUACCGCACGGACGGAUGUAAUGUAUCGCAAAGUCGAGUAG